CAAAUUUUCAUAACCCAAUUUUUUGGGUUUCUUUUUAUUUAUCUAUUUAGAUCUAUUUAAUUUUAAAAUCGUUUAAAAAAAAAUAUAAAAUGGACAAGGACCAAGAAUCUUCAGGGGACGAAAAAGAGACAAAAAAGAAUUUUAAUUUAGCACAAACCUCAACUCUAAUCGGAAGUUUUAGUCUAAUCAACUCCACUCAAAAAUGGUCACCUCAAUCUUUACACGACAAAAAUCGAAAAAGUGCGUUUCAGCCCUACAGACAGCGUGCUUCUUCCACCACAGUAUUAACUAAUCUCCAGCGAGGAAACACACAAGCGGAAACGUUAGUACCACAAAAAAUAGAGUUGAAUUUUCAUACAAAAGCUGGCCAGGGAGAGCUCACUGAACAAGACAUUCUUAAGGAAAGCGAUGUAGAUAUUACGGAUGAAAAUGAGCUGACCGCUUUACAUUGGGCUUGUGCCUACGGUCAGUAUAAUGCUGUGGAAUUACUGAUUAGUUAUGGAGCUGAUGUGAAUAAAUUAGGGCCAGAGGAGGAAAGCCCUUUAAUUUUAGCUGCUAGUGGGGGACAUCAUGAUGUUGUGAAGCUACUUUUAACUAGCAAAGCUGAUGUGAAUCAUGUAGAUCAUUUGUGUAAUACAGCGUUAAUGUACUCAGCAAAAGGAAAUCAUCCUCAUACUUGUCACGAGCUGUUACUAAAUGGCGCUGAUUUCUCAUUGGUUAAUUUAUCUGAUGAUACGGCAUUGAGAAUAGCUGUAGAAAAUAAUAGUACUUCAGCUCAAAUUGUAUUAGAAAACCAUGUGAUUUCAUUUUUGGAGAAUCAUCCUAAAAAGGAAGAAGUAUCUUAAUGAAGUGGUAUUUUAAAAAAAAGGAGCUCUAUAUAUGUAUGUGAUAUUUUAUAAAUUGUUGGAAUAAACUUUUCUUAUAGCUUA